AUGCCUUGGCCAUUCGACAAGGAGCCUACCGAGGAAGAAGUCGCUCGCUGGCGACGCGAGUUCGAAGCCGCCCGCUCGUUCGAAGAUGCAGACGACGAAAUGUACGCCUUCCGCCCACUGGAGCAGCCGAACGCACAGAAUGCUGCGAGAGUCAUCAGCAGAAACCCGUUCUCUCGUGUCACGGCCGUGCAGAAGUGGGAGGAGCCGGCACGUACUGCAGUACCGCCUCGCCAAUCGAAGCAGUCGAUGCCACAGUACUACGUGGGUCCGAAUAUGCAGCCAGAUGCUCAAUGUCCACUGACCACCGCGCAGGAUCCUAUAAAGCACGAUUAUUUGCAUCCCGUGAAUGCAGCUCGAGGGGCGAAGCCGGGUCCAUCUGCAACCAGCGCCAGAAUAGGCACCGGCAUGCAGCACUCGUGGUCGAUGGCAGCAGAGCAGCGCAACGCUGUGUACAGCUUCGAGUCCGAAGAUGAUGGGUUCGAGACGGAGCUCACGCCCAAGAAGGACACCGUCCAGCAGUCCUACCAGCCAAAUUCGUCGAGAGAGUAUGCUCAUCGCGACGCUUGUGGAGGAGAUGGUCUCGACAUUCCCCAGCAACCCGAGGCUGCACAGCCUGGUCGCAACGGCAUCCUGUGGAAGGGGAGCUUCGGCGGCAACUUCACGGGCGGCAGUUGA